CUCCAUUUCCGAGCGAUCCAACUGGUCGCGUCCCUCUUUAUAUUCCUCUAUAGGCUCUAGCAAUUGCCGGCCGGCUAGGACUAUAGUGAGUGGUAGUGGCGCACACCGCUACUGUCCACCGCGCCUUCUAUAUCUUCGUAGUCAAAGAGGUAGCUCAUGGGGACGGCCUCGACAGGCCCGGACACCAUGGAGGCAACAAGGGCCCCCGGCCUCUCCAUCACCGUCGAGAAGAACCCGCCGGAGGCGCGCUUGCUUCAGCUCGGCGUCAAGUCCUGGCCCAAAUGGGGCUGUCCGCCGGGGAGGUUCCCGCUCAAGUUCGACGCGGCGCUGACGUGCUACCUCGUGAAGGGCAGGGUGAGGGCCGCCGUGAAGGGCUCCUGCGAGUGCGUCGAGUUCGGCGCCGGCGACCUCGUCGUCUUCCCCAAGGGCCUCAGCUGCACCUGGGACGUCGUCGUCGGCGUCGACAAGCACUACAACUUCGCCCCCUCCUGAAUUACCGAGCACCAUGCGCGCAUCUUCCCGUCUGAUUUCUCUCUUCCUUUUCCUGACGCCUCAAAUCCCUCUUGACUGCAACCACGACUGCCUACCAUGAUUUAGCUAGCAAGGAUUUGUGUGGUAGCCACAAGUUCUCUCCCUCAGAAGUUGCGGGUCAACAGAGAAAUUUGGUGGCUUGGUCCACAGUUGAUAGCUAGCAAUAUACUACGGCCAUACUAUUGCACAGAUAUACUAUAUCAGAGUGACAGCAACGCAAAGAUGAUGUUCUUGAUUGGAUGCUUUCUUUC